ACUGCCUGUCAAUUUUCCGCUUCUUUCUCUGCAUUUCCAUCUGUCCAAACGCGUUCUUCACAGGGAAAAUCCUCCUAGACUGGACCCAUCAAUCUCCGAUCAUUCUCCAUAUAUUCAGCACUCUCUCUCUCUCAAUUUUUACCCUAACUACACAAAAACACCAUAGUUAUCCAUGGUGGUGAAAACCACCACCAUGCGGUGGCUCUCAGAUAUUGGCCUUCGCAGCGGCAAAAAAACCACCAAGGCCCCCCUCGGAAUCCUCUCAUUCGAGACCGCGAAAACAAUGUCAAUAAUAAUCUCUCUCUACAAAUCUCUGUCGGAUCACGAAAUGCUCAAGCUGAGAAAUGUGAUCUUGAAAUCUGAAGGCGUCCUUUAUUUGAAUUCCAAUGAUGAAGACUUCCUUUUGAACCUGACGUGCGCAGAGAGACUCGAGGAUCUAGAUAAAGCUGCAACCUUUUUGGCUCGAUUGGGCCAAAAAUGCUCUAAUUUGUCUCUAAAUCGCUUCGACGUUCUAUACACCGAUCUCAAAUUGGGUGUCUUGGAUGUUGGAAAACUAGAAUAUGCGUCGAAAAAAGCUGAGAAAAAGAUCCAAAAGAUGGAGAAUUUGAUAUUGGCCACGUCUAAUCUGUAUUCAGCAUUGGAGGCUCUCACCGAAUUGGAGAUAACAGAACGAAAGUUGAGUCAAUGGAAGAAGAGCAGUCACGUAAUGCAGUCCCAAAAGACGAAUUUUGAUCUUUUCAAUCAGAAGAUCUCUUUCCAAAGAAGACAAGUCCAUAAUUUCAGAGAAACUUCCCUGUGGAACCAGAGUUUUGACAAGAGUGUUGGCCUAAUGGCUCCAAUCCUCUUCAUCGUCUACAGCCGAAUUUGCAGCCUCUUCGGCCCCUAUAUUCCGAUUCUCCCUCGCGUUUCAUUAAGUACAAUAAUGUCUUCCCAUCCCAGAGAGAUUAGCAAAAUUCAGCCUGAGUCUUGCCUCAUCAAACAAAUAAGUCGGUCAGGACCGAUGCCAACAACCUCCAGACCGAAUUUUGUGAGGUUUUAUAGCCGAAAAUCGAUUUGUUUUUCGCCAGAAGGGUCAUCUUUUGGUGCAAACAAUAACAGGGUGUUUCAUGCGGCGGGGACCUCCACUGUGGGAGGUUCUGGCCUCGCCACACGUUAUGCCAACGUGAUUAUUCUGGCGGAGAAGUACUUGGACACUGCAAUGACAAUAGAUGAUGAUGCGCGGGAGGAUUUGUAUAUGUCAUUGCCUGAGAGCUUGAAAACCCUGGUUCGGUCGAAGCUGAGCAGGAAUGUGAGGAAUGCGGACGAUGACUUCCUGGCCGAGGGGUGGAGGGGGGCGCUGGCCGAGAUAAUGGGGUGGCUUGCGCCCAUGGCACAUGAUACCUUGAAGUGGCAAAUGGAGAGGAGCUUUGGGAAGAUGAGUUUUAAUACGAGUCCGUCCGUGUUGUUGCUGCAGACUCUACAUUUUUCGGAUAAGGAGAAGACUGAAGCAGCCAUUGCUGAGGUGUUGGUGGGGUUGAGUUGUAUAUAUUGGUGCGAGAAUCGCCUGUGGUAUGAUGGGUGAUAGCUAGAUACUAAAGAGAUGAUAAAUUAGUUUCAGGUUUGAGUUCUAGGAUUGAAAUUCAUAUGUUUGAAACUGAUAGGUGGUUUUUUUUUUUUGGGCUGGGGAAAGAAAAUCUCAAUCAAACAAGAGAAAUUUAAUUUAGUUUUAAUUUUUUAAUUUUUUUUUAUGUUGGUGAGAUAAAAAUCAUUGUUGUUUUUUUGGUGUUACAUAUUUCAUGGUUUACAGAAAUCAAUAGAAAGAAGUUUAUUUGAAAGAAAGUCAUUGUUUUUCAGAGAAUUGUAAGUUCUCAUUUGUUUUUACAAAUUUACUGUUGACCAUUUCAGACUUGCAGGAAUACUUUUAAGUUUUUACAGUUUUAACAAGCAGCACCCUUGGGCAUGAAAUUACGUAUGCCCAACCAAUGAAAUUACACCA